AUGGGUAGGUGGUCGUGCGCGUUGGUUCUCAAUUUUCUCUCUGUUCUAAUAAUAAUAACAGUGCUCUCCGAAACCAUACUCGAAGCCAAGCCAGAAGUGGCUGUGACGGGUCUUCCACUCAAGACGAAUUCCCGUUGGAUAGUGAGCCAAGAUGGGAAAAGGGUGAAGCUGGCGUGUGUGAAUUGGGUGUCUCAUCUUGAUGCGGUGGUGGCUGAAGGGCUCAGCAAGCAACCCAUGGAUGUGAUUUCAAAAGGAAUAAAGUCGAUGGGCUUCAACUGUGUCAGGCUCACUUGGCCUAUUCUUCUUGUCACCAAUGACUCUCUUUCUUCUCUCACCGUCAGACACUCUUUUCAAAACCUUGGCCUUCUUGAUUCCAUUGCUGGUGUCCAAUCCAACAACCCUUCCAUAAUCGAUCUUCCCCUUAUCCAAGCUUUCCAGGCAGUGGUGAAGAGCCUUGGGGACAAUGAUGUGAUGGUGAUAUUGGACAACCACUUGACCCAGCCAGGGUGGUGCUGCAGUAACACCGAUGGCAAUGGGUUUUUCGGAGACCAAUAUUUCGACCCGAACCUUUGGAUCCAGGGCCUCACCAAGAUGGCCACUAUUUUCAAUGGAGUGAGUCAUGUGGUGGGUAUGAGCUUGAGGAAUGAACUCCGAGGCCCCAAACAGAACGUCAACGAUUGGUACAGGUAUAUGGUGAAAGGAGCAGAAGCGGUUCAUGCUGCAAAUCCAGAUGUUCUUGUCAUUCUGUCUGGCCUAAAUUUUGACAAAGAUUUAUCAUUCGUUCAGAAACGACCAGUGAACCUCACGUUCAAAGGGAAACUAGUAUUUGAGGCACACUGGUAUGCUUUCACUGAUGGUCAAGCUUGGGUUAAUGGUAACCCAAACCAAGUAUGUGGACAAGUGGCUGGCAAUGUGAUGAGAACUUCUGGCUUCUUGGUGGACCAAGGAUGGCCAUUGUUUAUUAGUGAGUUUGGGGUGGACUUGAGAGGUACCAAUGUGAACGACAAUCGUUACCUUAACUGCUUCUUUGCAGUGGCAGCUGAACUUGACUUGGAUUGGGCCUUGUGGACACUUGUUGGCAGUUACUACUUUAGACAAGGGGUUCUAGGAAUGGAAGAGUUUUAUGGGGUUGUCAAUUGGGACUGGAGCCAGGUUAGAAAUACCACUUUCUUACAAAGGAUCUCUGGCCUCCAACUUCCAUUUCGAGGGCCAGGCAUAACACAAGGCAAUUCAUACAAACUGAUAUUCCAUCCUUUGACGGGUCUAUGUGUCAUAAGAAAGUCACUGCUAGACCCAUUGACGUUGGGACCCUGCUCCUUUUCUGAUGGCUGGAAAUACACACCCCAGAAGAUACUAUCAAUGAAGGGUACCUACUACUGUAUACAAGCGGAGGACGAAGGGAUGCCUGCAAGACUUAGCAUAAUAUGCUCAGAUCCUAAUUCUAAAUGGGAAAUGAUCUCAGAUUCGAAGUUGCAUCUUUCGUCUAAAGUCAACAACGGUUCUGAUGUUUGUCUAGAUGUAGAUGACAACAACAUCAUUGUGACCAACGCUUGUAAAUGUUUGAGCCAAGAUCAUACAUGUGACCCUGGAAGCCAAUGGUUCAAACUUAUUGACAGCGGAAGGAGAUCAAUCUCGACAACCUCAACAUUGUCCAUGUUGAAUUUACUGGACCCUUUUCUGAAAACCAUUGAGCCCGACAUAAAUUGUUCUUAACAAUAUUACUGUAAAUUUCUCUGACCAUGUUGUACUCAUCAAAGGUAUCCCCUGCCUAUGUUUUAA